AUGGAGGAGCCUGAUACCGACAUCGUCAUGGAGGGUGAAGACCACCACAUGGCCACAGUGGACGGCACUGCGGCCACGAACGGCUUCCUGGACCCUGCGGCACUAGAGGGGUCUGUGAUGACGUCGAAUGGGCAGAGUCUAGACGACGAUGCCGCGGACGAGGAUGAAGACCUGGGGCUCAUAGGCUACCAGCCAGACGUGCGCCAACGGCGACUGCUCCCGACAGGGUGUUGCUACGAUGACAGGAUGAAGCUCCACGCCAACGCCGACUUUGGGCCACACCCCCACCACCCCGAAGACCCGUCGCGGAUCGAGCACAUCAUGGCCACCUUUAAGAGGGGCGGCCUCGUAUAUACAGGCUCAGACGUAGACCUCUUGAAGAUCACCCAAAACCAACCGACAAAGUACAUGUGGCGCAUCACCGCGCGCGAGGCGACCAAAGAAGAGAUCUGCCUCGUGCAUAGCCCAACCCACUUCACAUGGGUCGAGGAGCUUUCCCAAAAACCAACAGAGGAGCUCCGCCGCAUCUCGACUGUCAUGGACCAGGGCAGGGACUCGCUGUACGUCGGCAGCUUGACUUUUGAGGCUUCGCUCAUCUCGGCUGGCGGGGCCAUCGAGACAUGCAAGAGCGUCGUUGCCAGCAUCGUCAAGAAUGCCUUUGCCAUUAUUCGUCCCCCGGGCCAUCACGCAGAAUAUGACGCCCCCAUGGGGUUCUGCCUCUUUAACAACGUCCCUGUCGCGGCCAAGGUCUGUCAGGCCGAUUUUCCCGAGCUGUGUCGCAAGAUCCUCAUCCUGGACUGGGACGUCCACCACGGAAACGGCAUUCAGAACAUGUUUUACGAGGACCCCAACAUCCUAUAUAUAUCUAUCCAUGUAUACAAUAACGGCACAUUCUACCCCGGCAAACCCGACAACCCCAUGACGCCAGAUGGUGGCAUUGAGAACUGCGGCGCGGGGGUUGGCCUGGGCAAGAACGUCAACAUCGGCUGGCACGACCAGGGCAUGGGUGACGGCGAGUACAUGGCGGCUUUUCAGAAGAUCGUUUUGCCAAUCGCCCAAGAGUUCGGCCCGGACCUUGUCAUCAUCUCGGCGGGUUUCGACGCGGCCGCCGGAGACGAACUGGGGGGCUGCUUUGUGACGCCGUCCUGCUAUGCCCACAUGACUCACAUGCUCAUGUCUCUGGCGAACGGAAAGGUCGCCGUCUGCCUGGAGGGCGGAUAUAACCUCGAGGCCAUCUCCAAAUCGGCCCUUGCCGUGGCCCGCACGCUCAUGGGCGACCCGCCACCGACUAUGCAUAUCCCGAGCAUCAAUAGAGACGCCGCUCGAUUGCUGGCUAAGGUCCAGGCUCACCAGGCGCCCUAUUGGGAGUGCAUGCGGCCUGGUGUUGUCGACACGCAUGACAUGGUAGGUCAGGGAGCCUCACGCCUGCACGAUGUCAUCCGCAAUGCACAGCGCCAUGUGCUCUCGGAACGGUUCGGCAUGGUUCCCAUGUUCAUCCAGCGCGACACCAUUUUCAAGUCGUUUGAGAACCAGGUCUUGACCACGAGGAAUAUACACUCGUCCAAGAAGCUAAUAGUCAUCAUACACGACCCGCCUGGGCUGCACGGACAACCAGAUCCUCUAGACAACUCGAUGGACCCACAGAAUGUGUGGAUGGCUGAUGGAGUCCUCCAAUAUAUCGAGUGGGCCGUCCCCCGGGGCUUUAGUAUCAUGGACAUCAACGUGCCCCACUACAUUACGCGUCCUGAAGAUACCGACGCGUUCACGCCCCGUAUGGAUGAACGCGAAUUGCAGUUGCAGGUCCAGGAGCUCAUGUGCUACAUUUGGGACAACUACCUCCAGCUGUACGAUAACGUAGACGACAUUAUACUGAUGGGCGUAGGCAAUGCCUACUUGGGGGUUAAGGUUCUGCUGCUCAACAGAGAUAUCAAGUCGCGCGUCUCAGGCGUGCUCAACUUCGUCAACGGUGCGCUGCGCCCGGUCAAGUCGGACGUGGACCACGACCUCUCGGCGUGGUACAAGGACAACUCGCGCGUCUACGUGGCCAAGGACCACGCCUGCUGGACCGACCCGGAACUCAAACGUAAGGUGAUGAAGCGUCGGUUCGGCAACGUCGUCCGUAGCAACGUCGACGGCUUGACUAGUAUGAUGAACCAGCAUGCCCGAGACGCACAACAGUGGAUCCUCGACUGCGUGGCCCAGGAGCAUGGCGACACCACAGAGGACGACAAUCGAAUGGCUUGA